UCUCAAUUUAAGCACAUUUUCGAUCCAGAAUUAAGGAAACAUGGAGGAAUCCAACCUAGGAACGAAACCGAAGUUUGUAUCCCCAAUAGAAGAAAUAUCAGACAGCUCAGGGAGGUACAUGGGAAUAUUAUCGGAUGAAAUCUCUCACGAUGUCAAAAUCAAAAAGCCUAAAACUCCAACAGCUAGAAGAAGUUCAGAUGAAAGAAUCCAUGAGAAAGGAAAGGGUGAUACAUCAACUAUGUCAAGCAAGUCAAAUUCUCGUCGAUUCUAUGAAUCGAAGAAGAGAAACAACGAAUUAUUUGAGAAUCAAUCCAAGAUGUUGAUCGAACGCCACGAUGAUAGCUUUGAGUGUAAUAAAGCGGCCGUGACAAUCGACGAUGAGAACCACGGUUCUGGCAAAAUUCCUCAUACUUCCUCUCGACCCCCGUGUCCCGUGCCUCCUCUUGAUAUCGACGAGGAAGCUACUACAGUCUACUACAGUCGCCGUGAAGGUGAUGAUGAGGAACCCAUGCAGCCGUCAACGAGAGACCCCGCCAGUGGUCACGACCUCCAGACGAUCGAUGUUGAAAAGACCGAUGAGUUUCCCGCUUCACUUUCCUUGGAAGAAUAUCAUCAACGCGGGAAAACUCGGAAGACAACACCAAAGAGCGCUGUCAAGGAUUCCAUGACGUUUGAACAACAACGUUUUUCCCGUAUGAAGUCUGCUCCUCAGCGUUCCCCUGUUCCCUCACGAUCACCCGAUCAUAAAGAAGCAGGCUGGGUCUUGAACCCAAUCGUGACCAAUUCUACCAACGAUCGACCUCUCUCUCGUAUCGACUCACCAUCACCACCGCCUAUAUAUCCUAGGAAAGAUCCUAAUGCAAUGCCACCAAUGCUAUUCCCGCCAAAGCAUCUUAAGCAGGAGGAAGAUCGGAUCAAGAUGAAUAUAUGGAACCACCCUAUUUCUCCGCUACCUAACAUUCCGUCAAGGUUUGUGCCACCAAAAGAAGAGCAACAAGGCACUAAGAGUUCCAUGUUGACAACCUCUUUGGCAAUGGCCCCAAAUAUGCCAAAUACCGCAGAUACCACGUCUGAUCACCAUGCAGCCACGCGAAGGAACACUCUGUUGAGUAAUUCCAGAGACUUGUUAACACCAGGUUGUGCAGUACAAGUCGAUUCAAAGAGAACGACUACUCAUCUACAGAUAGACGUUGAUGUGAGAUCGGGUGGGUUAACAUACUUCAUGCCACUUUCUUGCGACCAACACAGAAGCAAAUGGUCUCUUCCACGUCACAUGCAAUCCCGGCGGGAACGAACUCGGGAAAGGGAACAUAGAAUCGCAACGAAGCUGAUCCAAAAGAAUAACAUGACCAAGAAAAAUCUUGAGAAUCUUGAACUCGCUAGGAAAAAAAGGAGAAAUUAUUUUGAGGCUCGUCUGGAAGCAGUUCGGCAUAGAUACCAAGAACUUCUCGAGAGGAGGCACAUGAUUCAAACUAGCCUGGAGCAUAAGCAGAAAAAUGCAAAGAACAAUAGGGAAAUACUCAAAACGAAACGCCAAGGUAGAUUCCAACGUGCCCAAGAAAGGAGCAAAUUGCUUCAGGUAAGGAAGAAAGUUUUGAGUCAAAUCAGAGAGGCCAUAUCCGUGAAGGAAAAUGCAAUAGAUAUAGUGACAGAAAAUGGAAGUAGUAUUCCUAACUUGCCAGAUGACGAUGGAGAGAAUCCGGAGGCUGAACAACAAGAUGAGGAAGGUGAAGGGAUAGGUGAAGGAAUCAUUGAAGGAAAUAUUGAUGGAGUUGAACGUGAUGGUGAAAGAGGAAGACUAGCUGAACCACAGUCUACAGACAGACGUAAUGGCAAUGCCGACAAUGAUCGUAGGAUGGGUGAAAUAGACAAUGGUAACGUUUUCUACGUAUUUGAACAUGAUAGUGGCAGAGGAGAUGAUGGAUCUCAGGAUACUGUGCAGAGGGACCCUUUGAGAGAAACUAGAAACUUUACAGAGACUUUUGGCAUUGCGGUAAAUUGGUUAACACCAGACGAUCCAAGAGGAAUUCCUCGUUCAGCUCGAGGAGAGGAUUACCAAAGCCUCCGUACUUUAUUUCAGAUGGAAGCUAUGUACGCCUUACAGGGACACAGAGAUAUAGGCUUAUUUCCAAGACCGCAUUCAGAGCCGGAACAAGAUUGCCCGAUCGAAGGAUGGUCCCACUACAUGUUAGCCAUCCGAGCGAUCCGGGACCACAUCGAGGAAGUUUCAGCUGACUAUUCUGACGGGACAUCAUCCCCCGCAUCAUCCACGGGAGCACUUCCUAUCGUCUUUCAGGAGUCCAAAACAGCGCAAGGUGACUACUUUGACGAACGUGAGGAUACACCGAGUAUCACGGAUGAUGAGUACCUUGAGGAAAUUGAGGAGGUGGUGGGGUUCGUCGAUGAGGUGCUUCCUCAAAGGGAAUCGGCCCCGGAUGAACAGAUGAAUGUUAGAAUGAGGCCGCGUCAAGGUGCGAGUCAUCACUAGUUUUGAAAUUAGAAAAUUUCCAAUAGUAAGAUACUCGAGGUGAUUGGAAUACCCAAGGUUUAAGCUUUCAUUAUAUACUUAUAUAUACGGAGACAAGUUCUAUGUGUUUAAAAUUCUUCUCAUGGAAUGACUCCAUGGAAAGGUAUGCUUUAAGACGUGACAAUACAUGACGGACGGAACAUUUAAAAAAGUGUAAGAAUAGUAUAUUUGAUGAAUUCCGUGGAAUGUUCAAUACUUCAAUCAAUUUUUUUCGUAAGAAUUAUAUGGUUUAGUAGUUAAUGUGAAAGCUUUCAAAGAUUUAUAAGGAUCAAGAGCAAAACCUACAGAACAUCCGAUGUAAUUUUUUAACAUAGAUGAUACUUGCAUUUCAUUUUUUAAAAUCUAAAUCAAUGCAUUUUUCCUUCAAAUAUUAGACAAUUAAAUCUUGUGUAAUUAAUAAUAAUAUAGAAAUAAAUGGUUGUAGGCCUACUUGCUAGCCGAAAUUCAGCUGAUCUGAAAAAAGGAAAAUGAAAUGAUAUGAUAUCCAGAUAAUGAUAUAUUUCACUCUUCUCUCAUUAGAUUCCUUUUUUGUGGUCUGUACGCCACUGUGAACAGGAUUAUUUGCGGCAGUAGCGUAAAGAGUAUAAAAAAAACGAGGGGCGCAGUAUAGUCAAUGUGCUAAAAAGCUGCUUUAUAUAAGUCCCGAGCGAAAAAAAAUCACCUUUUCAUGAGAAUCUAACUUUGAGCUAUUGUUAUUAUUAUAAAUAAAAUCAUAUCCUACACUU